AUGCCGUUCUCCUGCUUCGCCGCCGGCGCCCGAGGUGGCGGCGAUCCGUCCGCGGCGCCGCCAUCCUCCUCGGCGACGUCCGUCUACUGGACCCACCUCGGCGGCGUCACGCUGACGUGGUCCCGCGCUCCGAUCGGCCUCCUCCUGGCCGCGGAGCUCCGCCUCGCCGGGGACGACGAGCACGACGGCGACACCGCGCCCGCGCGGUUCGCGUUCCGGCCGUGGCUCCCGUGGCGGCGGCGAGGGUCGAAGCGGUUCUCCGCGCCGGGCGGCCGCGCCGUCAAGUUCUCGUGGGACCUGUCGCGCGCCCGCUUCGCCGCCACGGGACGCCGGCCGGAGCCCGUGUCCCGGUACUCCCUGCACGUCUCGGUGGACGGCGAGCUCGCGCUGGCCGUCGGGGACCACGCGCCCGUCGCGUCGUCCGCGGGGCUCCUCCUCUCCCGCCGGGAGAACGCUGUCGCCGACGACGGCCGAGGCGAGGCCUACUCGACCACCGUCAGCGUCGCGGGCGAGAGGCACGACGUGUCCCUCGCCGUGGAGGGCUCCACCAUGUGGGUCGCCAUCGACGGCGAGAAGGCGCUCCAGGUGCGCCGGCUCCGGUGGAAGUUCCGCGGCAGCGAGAGGCUGGACCUACCCAGCGGCCGCCGCAUCCGCGUCACGUGGGACCUCCACGGCUGGCUCUUCUGCCCGGACGCGGCCGCCGUCUUCGUCCUCCGGUUCGAAACCCCCGACGCGGACGAAGCGGACGACGACAAGGACGACGUGGACGAGUACGACGACGGCGCCAGCCCGCACGUAGUGAGGCAGAGUUCUUUCAGUUUCAGGAACCACCACCAGGCACACGGCGGCGGCGGCGGUGGCGAGAGCUGGUACAGCAGCGACAGCGAUAGGAGGGGGUGGAGGCGCGGCCCGUUCAGGUCGGGCUCAGACACAUCGCCGUCGGUGUCGGUGGCGUCGACGUCCGCGGCGUCGUCGGCCGGCAGCGUGGCCACGGUGUCGGAGUGGGCGGCCGCGGAGGAGGCGGCGGCGCUCAAGGACGGCGGCGGGUUCUCCCUCGUCGUCCAGCUCUGGAAGAAGAGGAGAUAG